CAUUAAACCAAAUACAAUGCAUCGUACUGCUGUAAGCAUUAUUUUGGUUCUUUAUGUACUUCAACAAGCGCAUUGCCAAAAUUUAACGACAGAACAAAUUGAAAACCAGAACAACUGCAAGUGUGUUUUGUACUAUUUAUGUGACGAUGACAACAACAUAAACAUUAAUGGUGAAGGUCUCUUGGACUUCAGGUUGGGAAACGAUCUGAAAAGAAUUACAUGCCCCACCGAGAGCACCCCACAGUAUUGCUGUUACUUACCUGGAACCACCAGAGAAGUAACAGAAAAACCCACAGAAAGAUCUGUGCCAACUGCAGCUCCAACAAAAAGUCCGGACACAAAAACACCGGAAUUAAAAACAAUCACAAAAAACGUCACAUGUGGAAUACAAAGACCAAGCAUAGAUGUUCGUAUUCUCAACGGUGAGUUUUCAUCAACGAUCCCCGGGGAAUUCCCAUGGAUGGCCGCUAUUUACAGAAAGAACAAGUUCAAGUGCACAGGCAUCUUGAUUCAUCCACAAGUAGUUUUGACCGUGGCCCACUACGUUAUGAAAUCCUUUACUCGCGAUUAUAAAGUGGUUGCAAAUGGCGAAACACUCCUUGGUUUACAAACAGACAGCGAACACGAACGAUCAGUGAUCGGAGUCAUCAGGCAUCCUGAUUUUUAUUCCGGAGGAUUACACAAUGAUAUAGCUUUAGUCAUUUUAGAAAAGCCUCUAGUGAUCUCCCAAUUUGGGGCACUUAUCAACGAAAUAUGUCUACCUGGUGGUAAUGAUCAAGAAAGUUUCAGAAAUAAUUCCUGUAUUGUUGCUGGAUGGAGCAAUAAGGAUACUUCAGUACCUCUUCGAAAAGUGGUAGUACCAACAGUACCGCACGACAUCUGCCAGGAAAAACUACGAAAAAACUCGAAAUUAGGCGCGGGAUUUGAACUGCACGACUCGUUUACAUGCGCGGGGGGAAUCAAAAACCAAGACGCUUGUUUGGGGGAUGGAGGUAGUCCAUUGAUGUGCCCCAUCAAUAAUGUUUUCCAUUUGGUUGGUAUGGUUUCGUGGGGACAAGGUUGCGGACAAACUAAUGUACCAGGGGUUUAUACUGAUGUUGCCAAGUUUACCAGUUGGAUCAAGCAGGAACUUGACAAGAAUCUCAUCAAACAUAAUUUGUAAACUGUGUAAAUAAAAACAUUUUAUCUAUUUU